GUCAGAUAAAAAAGUCAAUCUCAUUUCUCACAAGACUGAUCUUAUUAAUUGAUUAAAAAAAUCUUGUUGGAACAUUUAGAAAUCUCAUUAAAAUGACAAUGUCACAUAGACAUAGGUGACAAGACUUAGGUGCGAAAUCCUGUGUAUUUAUGUGUUGGAUUAAAUAUUAAAAAGCCUGUGGACGUUUUCAUGUAGGAGUGGGAAUAAAUAUAACAGCUAUUUAAGGUUAUGGUUGGGUCAUUCUAGGAGAUGUCACAUCUGAGUACUAAGUGCAGUACCUUUAAAUAUUUGAAUUGAUUACGAUUAGGAGAUGAAAGUGAAGUUUUGAACAUUUGUCAGAAUUAUAAAGUCAAAGAAUAACAGUAAAGAUGUGAGGAGAGUGACUGAAAAAUUGUGUUUGGCAAAGAUGGGUUAGUGAUAGAUUUACAAUGGAAUGCUCUGAAAUACAAAAUAGUUGGAUUUGUCGAUCUUGCACAGCCAAGAAUUCAUCAGAUAUUGUAUCUUGCUUAUCAUGUAAACAAAAGAGACUAUUAGGACCUUUUAGUGCUAGUUCUGUAUCGUUAAAGGAUGUAGAAUACGUAGACUGUUAUUGUGAUGAUAGCAAAGGAGCCAAGCCAAAACAGAAAAAGUCUGAUAGUAAUUCAGUAAAUCAGAAACUAUUAAAAUCAAGAGUACCACUAUCUAAUGUUACUGGUAAAACUAUUGAAACAGUAAUUGAUGUUGAAAGUUAUAGUCGUUGGCAAUGUGAAAAGUGUCCAAAUUUAAACGUUCAAAGUGUUCAAUUUUGUACUUCUUGCGGCGUAGGAAAAGAGAAAGAAGUGAUUUUGAUAAACGAUGAUGAUGACUAUACAGUUACUUAUAAUCAUAUCAAUACUGAACAAACAACCGUGUUAAAAACACUUAAAAUGGCAGAUCAAACAGUUGCCAUGGAUAUAGAUUUAACUGUAGAUUGGGAAUGUAGACGUUGUACAUUGAAAAAUUCAGGGAAUAAAACUCGUUGUGACAUGUGUGAGUCUCCUAGGGAAAUUCGCUUGCCAACUGUAGAUGAUGUCAAUGAAAUUUCCACAGUUGAUUCUGGGUACAUGACCUCUAAUAGGCGUGGUGAACCAGAUGGCAUGGAAAAUGAAAUCUAUCCACAAAAAAACGAACAAAAUUCUAACAAUACAAAAGAAGAGCAUCCUCCGGCUCGUAGAAGUAUAUCAAAUCCAGUCACUGGAAAGGAAUGGACAUGUAUUGUAUGUAGUUUCAGUCAAAACCCAGACUUAAAUGAUCAAUGUCAAGUUUGUCGUGAUGGUAGAAAACCAACAAGCAAAUCUAAACAAUUUCACGGCCGAGUUAGUACUGAGUCACCUAGCCCUGCACAAAAGUUACCAUCUAUAGCACCUAGUAAAUCAUCUCCAAGAAAUUCUGCUCAAUCUAGUCAGAGUAACAGUGACCUAGUUUUGGAGGAUUGGACAUGUGCUAGGUGUACAAUGAAAAACAAAGCAAUUGCCAAAUCAUGUGCUAUGUGUUUUGCCAAGAAAUCAAAAGCAGCAUUAGUUGGUGAUAAUGACUGGGUUUGUGCUAAGUGUACUUUGAAAAAUUCUAUUGGACAAUUAGUUUGUGAAGCUUGUGGAGAGAAGAAUGAAAAUGCACCUCCGUCUACAUCCUCUGGGAAUAAAAAAGGGGGAGUAACUCCUUCAAAUGGGAAAUCUGUGAUAAACAAGACUGAGCAAACUAGAAAGAACUUACAGAAAACUGAGUCUAGUAAAAGCUUGGAUCUAGACAUGAACAAGACUGAAAAUGUUAAAGAAAGGAAUAAAGGAUCAAACAAAAGUGAUGCAUUUGAUAUCUUUAGCUUAGAAAAAUAUAAAAUAAAGAAUGGCGUUCAAAGUAAUGAUAAGAAUGUAGAAAAAAAAUCAAUAGCUAGAACGUUAACACCUGAACAAGAACCAAUUCAAAAGAUAGAAGAGAGAAAGAACACAAGUUUAGAUAAGAUAAGAAAGGACAAAAGUUUGGAAAAGGACAAAAAAGAGAAAAGUUUAGAGAAAAAGAACAAAAACUCAUUAGAAAAAGAUAAAAAGAACAAAACCCCAGAUAAAGGAAAGUUCAGUCUGGAAAAAGAACAAAAGUGGAAGUGCUCUGCUUGCACAUUUCAAAACCAUGCCAACUUGGUGCAGUGUAUGAUGUGUGGGUCAAUGAAAGGUUUGGAAGGGUCGGGGCUUCCUUCCGUUGGAUCUUUACAGAAACAACAAUGUACUCUGAUGGAUGAUAUCAGAAAGACCGAGGAGAAUGAUGCUUUAGAACUGUGGCAGCAUAUUACAUUAUUCUGUAAACAGAAUGAUGAACAGUUUGUAGAUGACUCAUUCCCUCCUGAAUCUAAAUCUUUAUUUUGUGAUGAGACUCAGCCUUUUACUAACACACCUAUAGCAUGGUGUCGCCCUAAAGAAGUUGCCGGUGCCCCUGGGGAGGGCAAGAUAGGAUGGAAGAUUUAUAGAACACCUAUGCCAGAGGAUAUAUCUCAGGGAGUCUUAGGAAACUGUUGGUUUUUGAGUGCCUUAGCAGUAUUAGCAGAAAGACCCAACUUGGUAGAAAACAUUAUAUUAACAAAGGAAUACUGUCCUCAAGGAGCGUAUCAAGUUAGGUUAUGUAAAGACGGCAAGUGGCAGAUAGUUCUGAUUGACGAUCUCCUACCAUGUGGAAUGCAUAAUAACUUGGUCUUCUCACAGGCCAAAAGAAAACAAUUAUGGGUUGCCUUGAUAGAGAAGGCAAUGGCAAAACUUCAUGGUUGUUAUGAAUCUUUGGUGGCAGGCAAAUGUAUAGAAGGGUUGUCUACUCUGACAGGUGCUCCUUGUGAAAGUAUUGAACUUCAGCGUAAAGACAGAGAAGAAGAUAUUGACCCAGAUAUUAUAUGGGCUAGAUUAUUGAGUUCUAGGGAGUCUGGGUUUUUGAUGGGAGCAUCUUGUGGAGGAGGGACAAUGAAGACCGACGAAGAAGUGUAUGAGAACCUGGGACUACGACCAAGACAUGCUUACUCAAUCUUAGAUGUACAAAAUAUAGAAACUAAUAGGUUGAUAAGACUAAGAAAUCCAUGGGGCCGAUUUUCGUGGAUGGGAGACUGGUCAGAUAAAUCUCCAUUGUGGAAUAAGAUAAGUUCAUCAGCUAGAGAGGAGAUAAUGUUACAUGGUGGUACAGAAGGUGUAUUCUGGAUCUCAUUAGAAGAUCUACUCAAAUAUUUCGACAGUGUAGAUAUCUGUAAGGUGAGACCUGACUGGAGAGAGACGAGGGUUGAUGGAACAUUCCCUGUCAAUGCUCGAGAGGACUUUAAGAUGGUUAGAUUAACUGUAUUUUAUACAUCAGAAGUAGAAGUUGGGGUCUUCCAGGAAGGUGUAAGAGGAAAUAGUAAUGGUAAACAGUCAACAGCUGACCUCAGUGUACUGAUACUCAGGGACUCCUCUAGUCCAACUCAAGCCUUCGGACCUUUGGUAACCAGUAGUAAACGGCAACUUAAGAGUUUUGUUGGAUGUAGAGCUAUGUUAGAACCAGGGGAAUAUGUUGUGGUUACUCUUGCCUUCAAUAUAUGGACUUUAAGUACCAAACCUCCAGCCCAGAGAUGUAAUUAUGUGAUGUCAAUACACAGUUCUAAAGCAUUAAUGGUAGAGGAAGUUAUUACGAAGACGAGGAAAUAUGAAUAUGCAUUAGCUGAUGCCAUUUAUCAACUGGCUAUUUGUAAAGGACAGAGAGAAGGGAUUCGAGAAACAGUGACAGUGUAUUCCCUGAUGCAGGGCUGGUCAGGUGGUCUAUAUGUAGUAGAGAAUAGAUCCCCAGACAGAUCUAUGCAUGUGCAGUGUGACUGUAAAGAGAGCACUAAUGUUGUAUCAACCAGAGGAAAUCUGAUGUCUGUAGAUUCUAUACCUCCUCUUCAUAGACAAGUUAUAAUGAUUUUAACGCAACUGGAAAGAACAGCACCCUUCCAUGUAUCAAGAAGACUUCUCCAUCGAAUGAACAUGACACCGACAGGACUUGGAAACUGGGCGCCAGCUGGAGUUAAUCAUGAACCAUAUUUAACAUUGAAUGUAGAAAGUCUCCAUGCACCAAGACCAUUGUAGUGAAAAACUAUUAAUAUGCAAUUACAAUAUAGAAUGUAAAAAAUUCUUACGACGUGAUAUACAAUGUAUAACAUUGUCUGGUUGUAAAAUAAAUCAGUCAAAAAUGUGAUCAGGUAAACUGUGUUUAGUCACGGUACCAGUCUAAAAUUGGAAACCAGUUCCUGUUACACAUCCCGAAUAAGAUUCAGUUUAGAGAGGGGUUAUUUUGUAUGAUUUUCUUAACCUACACCAUUUAAAUGUGGAAUUGAAGUAUUUUUUUACAUGAGUAGAGUUAUUAUAUGACAAUGAUAUGCAAAAUUAAGGAGGCACAAUAUCAGCAGUAAAAUCUGCCUAAAAAUUGAAAGAAAUAUUGGGAACAAUAUAUAAAAAAUACCUCAGAAAAUGCAACUGUGCAAUUAAUUCUAAAAUUAGAAAAACCAAAACCAUAAUCAUUUUACAUUAUACCAAUCAGAUAUGCAAAUUUCAAAUCAGUAGUAUUGCAAUAAGCCAUUAAUUGAAAUUCAUAAUUUUUAAGGAGAACUGUAAGAUCAUGGAUACAAUCCAAUCACUAAGUUAGAUCUCAAUUUUAUUUUAAUCAUAUCAAGAUAUAUCAUAUGAUGUGUAAAUAAAUUACUAUGAAUUACAGAUGCAGAAUUAUCUCCCUUAUUUGUCACCAUGAGUUGUUUCCCUUGUUAUGGUUGUUUCUUCAGUUGAUAAUUGUUUGGAUGUUCACUGCUGCCUUAUUAAGAAUAAAUUGUGAUUAUAGAGUGUCAUAUAACCCAAUAUUUUAUUUUCAGUAUUUAAAAGAUAUUAAGUUAUUAUCUCAGGUUUUGAAGAUGUUUAUGUAUUGAUAUGUCACAAGUGAAAAACCACCUGAAAUUCUAUCUAAAUAUUUGAUUUAUAAU